AUGGCAGAGAUUGUGGCCAGUAGUGCUGCUGCAACAAAAUGUACUGAUAUAUUGGUAGACAAAGUAACAAAGGAACUUCCAUAUUUGUGUCGUUACAAGAGUUAUGCAGCUGAAUUUGAAGAGAAAAAGGGAGAAUUGUCAGCUGCAGUGGAGAGUGUGGACAUGAAGAUAAAAGAAGCCAAAAGAAGGAAUGAAACUCAAAUUGACCCUUUAGUUAAGCAUUGGGUUCGAAAAGCCAACAACUUCAUUCAGCAAGAAACAAGACCAAAGAAAUGGUUUGGUUUCUGUAAUGAUUGGUUUUCGCAAUAUUCACUGGCGAAGAAAUUAGAGCGCAUCAUGCAAGAGAUUCCAACAGUAAUGGAGAAAGCUGAGAACUUCUCACAAGUUGCACAUGCAGCUGGACCUCCAGGCAUGGAGUUCUAUUCACAAGAGUUUAUGCAUUUUAAGAGUAGAAACUUAGUUUAUGAACAACUUAGGGAGGAGCUGAAAAAUGACAAUAUACAUAGGAUUGGAUUGCAAGCAAUGGGAGGAUCAGGGAAAACCACAAUGACAAAAGCAAUUGGUAAGGAACUUGAAAAUUCAAAGGCAUUUGAUAAAGUUGUCUUCAUUGAAGUGCCUAAUCCUGUUGACGAAAAGAAGAUUCAAGAUGAAAUUGCAAAAAAAUUGGAGUUGAAGUUGGAGGAUGGCAAGGAUUUAACACACGCAGAACAAAUAUGGAUCAGAAUCACUAAUGCUAGAAGUGUACUCAUAAUACUUGAUGAUGUCUGGGAAGAGCUCAAACUUGAGAACAUAGGGAUUCACCAUGGCAUCCAUACCCAGGGCCGGUGUUGUGUCUUGCUAACCACACGUUAUGAGACAAUUUGUAGAAGAAUGAGCUGCCAAAAAACUGUUAAACUAGGGCUCUUACCUGAGGAAGACGCAGUGAAUCUUUUCCUACAUCAUGCCACUGAAAAUGGGAAGGAUUGUCCUAAUAAAUUGAAGUUGCUAGCAUCAAAAGUUGUGAUUGAGUGUGGAAACUUACCAGUUGUAAUUGUAGCAGUUGCACGAACCUUUAGAAAUUGGGAUCCAAAUGAAUGGGAGGAUGCUUUUGCAGUAAUAGAAAAAGAUUCAUCCUUAAGGCAUGGGAACAUUGAUGAAGUGAAAAAGUUUUACAAUUCUCUGAAAAUAAGCUUCAAGUGUCUAGAUAGAGGAGCGCAAGAUCUCAUCCUGCUAUGUUCUAUAUUCCCAAGAGCUUAUGAAAUACCAGUAGAGGUUUUAAGCAGAAUUGCUAUAGGUUCAGGGCUGAGUGAAAAUGUUGGCAGCUACUAUAGAGCAAGAAGUGAAGUGCUUUCAAUCAAAACCACACUCGUACGUUCUGCUUUAUUGCUCACUACUAGAGAAGGAUUUGUAAAGAUGCACGAUGUGAUUCGUGAUAUAGCCCAUCAAAUAGGAGAUGAAAAGAUUCAAGUAAUCAUGGAUUCUAAAAGUAAAUUGAAGGAGAAUGUAAAAUAUUCAUCCUGGAUGAUAGAUGACUUUUCCAACUCUUUUGAGGGCAUUAAUCUUGAGGUUCUUUUAGUAUGGGUAAAUAAUGCAAGUCAUCCUUUGGGAGUUCCUGAGGCAUUCUUUGGAGGUAUGAAGGGACUUAGAGUUUUGCUUUUGUGUUCUAAGGUUAAGUUUCAGAGAACAUUGGCCUUGUCACUACCAAAAUCAAUUCAUUCACUUGAAAAUAUCCAAACACUGUCCCUAACAAAUUGGGAGUUGGGUGAUAUAUCUAUUUUGCAAAACCUCAAAAAACUCCAAACUCUUGAAUUGACAAAUUGUUCAAUUAGUGAAUUGCCAAAUGAAGUUAGCCAACAGGAGAAACUGAGGUUGCUAGGCUUGGUAGAUUGUUCAAUCGAAAAGAAUAACCCGUUUGAAGUGAUUGGGAGAUGCUCGAAACUUGAAGUAUUGUAUUAUAUUUCAAAUCAUGACACUCUUAAAAUUAAUCCAAAGCCUUCUAAAAUUAUAGAUCUUCAUCAAGAAUUUAGAAUAUAUCAUGUAGAAGGCAACUACUCUUACCAGCGUUCUUUUCAAUUGGAUGCUUCAACAAAAAGAUAUUUCAAUUCAACCAAGUUAAAAGGGAUCUUGUCUGAAAGCACAAUCAAAUCCCUGGCAGCAAGAGCAGAGAUUCUUGAGUUAACAGAAUGUAAUGAUACAAGAUGGACAAACCUUAUUCCUGACAUAGUUGAUCCUCAAGAAGAUGAAGGCAUGAAUGGCUUAAUUAGGCUUUCUUUGAAAUCUUGGCCUGCAAUACAAUGCCUCAUCAAUACAAGUGGAAUUCAAUCUCAUGCAACCAUCUUCUCAAACUUAGUUGAGCUACGACUUUCUAACAUGUGUGUGAGGGAAUUAUGUCAUGGUGAUUUUCCUAAUGACUUUCUCAAGCAACUAGAGAAGCUAUACAUAAGUGGUUGUGCUGAAAUAGACGGCACACUAUUGAAGGGCAAGCUAGAGCUAAGUAGUUUGAAGUCUAUAGAGUUAAAUGGUUGUUCGAUGACAUAUCUUUUCUGUCUAUCCACAGCUCAAAGUCUAAAGCAACUGGAAAAUUUGGACAUAAGUGGAUGCUCAAAGAUGAAAUGCCUAAUAAGUGAUGAUAAGAGAUCUGCAGAGCAAAAAGUGGACGAUCAUCAUGAUUGUAAUCAAAAGACCCAUCACUCAAUGUUCCCGAAAUUGAGGUCUCUGAACAUUGAAGAAUGUCAUGAAUUGGAAUUUAUAUUGCCAAUUUUUCCUUGCAAAGAGCUAGAAAGUGUGAAAAUCCGUGGUUGUAAUAAGCUAGAAUUCAUAUUUCGGCAAUGUUUAGAGGAGGGAGUCUUCUCAAGUGCAGAAAUCAUGGGGCCUCUGUGUCGUUUAUCUUCAAAAGCAAGUGCCUUUAGCAUCAAUGAACUAUCUUUUUCCAGGGCCAAUCAAUUGAACCUUACUCAGGCAUUAAAGGAGAAACAUCUCGGUAAAGCUAGUGGACUUUUUACACCUUCAUUAUGUCCAUACAAGAAUUUAAGAAAGAUGAGUGUAGAGGGAUUUUCUGAGUUGAAGUCACUUCUUACCCUGUCGAUUGCCUCAUCAUUGAAAUUGUUAGAAGAAUUAACAAUCAGUAAAUGUGGUGAACUGGAGCACAUAGUCACAGAUGAGGGGCAUGCUUACAGUCAUAUGAAUGAUUGUUGUAUCUUUUCCAACUUAAAGCAAGUUGAAGUCUUCAAUGCUGAAAAGUUGAAAUAUGUGUUUGGAAAAUGUCAUUCCAAUCAAAGGCAUAAUGUUCAUAUUGAACUUAAUCUCCUAGAUCUCAAAAGACUAAGCCUUCAUGAUGUGCCAAAUAUGGUGAGUAUUUGCACCAAAAAGUAUUCUGUGAAGGCAUUAUCUCUACAAGAUAUAAGUUUGAAAAACUGCCCACAACUUCCCAUAAAUAAUGUUAUAGAUUUAUCCAUUGAUGUGCAAAAAAGAGAUCACCUCUCAAAGGAAAAGGAAAAAGGAAAAAAUGAAUUAACAUGUUUGUAUUUAACCAAGGCAUCCAAAUCGAAGCACGUGCCAAGUACAGCUUAUGGAUAUUUUCCACUACCAUUAUCUCAAUCCAAUUUGAGAGGGAUUGAGAUAACUGGAUUUUCCAAGUUAACAUCACUCUUUACCAUAUCCAUUGCCUCAUCACUGAAGUUCUUGGAAACAUUGUAUGUCAAGGAGUGUGAUGCACUGGAACAUAUUAUAACAGACGAGGGGCCUAAUGGUCAAGCUUUUUAUUCAAAAGACUUUAAGGAGUUGGGAUAUGUGAGCAUCGGGAAGGCAGAAAAGAUGAAAUAUGUAUUUCGAGAAUGUCAUGCUGAUCAGAAUCAUAAUGUUCAGAGUAAACUUAAUCUCCCAGCCUUGAAAACAAUAUACCUUGUAGAUUUACCAAAUAUGCUUCCUCAAACUUUUAUAGAUUUCUUGGUUGGUGGACACAAAAGACAAGAAGAUCUCUCAAGCAGAAAGGCAUUAUCUUUCAAGGAGAAAGUUGAAGUUCAUACUGUCUGCUUGUACCACGAGAAGCAUACCAGAAUUGAGAAGGCUAUUCAUAUCAGACUGUGA